AUGUUUCCAUCGCUUCGAAGACUCCAGGCCUCGCCAGCAUACAACCAGCUUCUCACGCUGAUCAAGGGCGACUUGAAAAAGGCCAUGCUUGCCAAAAACAAUCUCGAGAAGAACACAAUCAGACUGGUGCUCUCGACAGUCAAGAACAACGAGAUCGACGGCGCUAAGCAGACAGAGUUCGAGUUGGCCCGCACGUUGAACAAGAUGAUCAAGCAGAGAAUCGACUCUGCUCACGCAUACAAGGCUCAGGGCCGUGAGGAUUUAGCCCACGCCGAGGAGCUGGAGGCGGACAUCAUCCGCAAGUACGUGAUAGCGUUGCCUGUGGCCAGCGAAGAGGAAAUUGAGCAGAAAUUAAGGGCUUUGCUUGACGAGUUGAAGCAGAAGGAUUCGUCCACGAAGAUUGCUAGUGUGUUCAAGGAGAUCACCGACGAUGUGGCCACCAAGUGGGGCUCCUCCCCCUCGGUGAUCAAGGCGAUGGUACCUGGUCUCUACAAAGAGGUUUUUGGGAAGAAAUGA